CCAGCCGUGAGUUUAGUAGUGGGAGUUAAACUCUGAGGAAAGGCAAUAUGGCUGUUAACUGAGUCCCUGGUUCGUAUAUACGUCCGUUACAUUACCAGAGACAAAGAAACAACGCAGUAGUUGAAAAAAAAAAUUUGAUUUGGCGCGUAGUCACGUUAUUACGCGUAUCAUUAAUACCUUUUAAUUGUUAAUUAAUAAAUAAAGGGCAUAACAAUUAUAAAUAAUAUAAGUUUAUAAAAUAAUAAUGCUGGAACUUGAAGUUGUGCCUGAAAGAUCCAUUGGUUGUGAGCAGUGGGAAUUUAUUUUAGGAAUGCAUUUUUCUCAAUCGGUAUCCAUAAUACAGUCGCAAGUGGGCAUUAUUCGAGGAGUACAAGUUCUUUAUAGCGAUACUAAUCCAUUAGAAGUAGACUUAGUAAUAAAUUUACCACAUGAUGGGAUACGACUUAUAUUCGAUCCUGUCGUCCAGAGGCUAAAGAUUAUUGAAAUAUAUAAUAUGAAAUUAGUGAAACUUAAGUAUUGUGGAUUGCCGUUUAAUUCACCUGAAGUGUUGCCGUCUAUUGAACAAAUUGAACAUUCAUUUGGUGCAACUCAUCCUGGUGUUUAUGACAGUGAUAAGCAGGUUUUCGUGCUCAAUUUUCGCGGUUUAUCAUUUUAUUUCCCAAUUGAUUCAAAAUUCCAACCUGGUUAUGCACAUGGAUUAGGAUCCUUACAAUUUCCAAAUGGGACAUCACCGCUGGUUGCAAAAACUGCUAUAUAUGUUGGUAAUAUGGCUGCUGGAUCAGUGGGAAGUGAAGAGCACUGUCUGAAAGCCCCACCACCACCACUGCCAUUGGUCUGUUAUCAUAAUAAUUUGUAUCUAGAAAAAGCAGAAAUUAUAAGAGAUAAAGUACGAACGCGAGGUUUAAAAUUACAUCUUUUUACGGAAGGAAAUUCAGCAACGAGAGUUUUAUUGGAACCUAAAAAACACAACCUCUUGAAAGAAGUAUGGUUUGGAGAUUACUGUGAAGAUGUUUUAAGUGCACUUGGAGCACCUUCACGUGUAUUUUUUAAAGCAGAAGACAAAAUGAGAAUUCAUAGUCCGCAUGCACAUAAAAAAGACAAGACAAGACGAUCUGACUUUUUCUAUAAUUAUUUUACUUUAGGCUUGGAUGUUCUGUUCGACGCUAAAACACAAUGUGUUAAAAAAUUUGUGUUACAUACAAAUUAUCCAGGGCAUUAUAAUUUUAAUAUGUAUCAUCGGUGUGAAUUUACCCUUACACUACCUCCUGAAAAUAAUUCCAAUGAUUCUGGUAAACUUAUCGACGUUAGCCCAUCUCCAAUAAUGAUCACUGCCUACACAAAAUGGGAUAAAAUAAGUGAACAAUUAAAAGCAACUGCUCGUCCAGUUGUAUUGAAUCGUGCGUCUUCUACAAAUACGACGAAUCCAUUUGGUUGUACUUUCUGUUAUGGUAUACGUGAUGCCAUAAUUGAAGUCAUGGCAAAUCAACACAUAGCCAGUGUAACACUUUAUUCAACUGCGUGACCUUGGUAAGCCGCUGCAUUUCAUAAGACAAAUAUUCAUAGUAUACCUUGAGGAAAAAAAAAUAAAAUAAAACAAAAAAACAAAUAAAAAGAAUGAAUCAUUCUAAAAUAAAAAAAAAUAUAUAAAACAUAUAAGCGAUAAAGAAUGUUUAAAAAAAAAAAAUAUAAAAACUUGGGAAAAGUAAAAAAAAGUAUCGUGAAUACUGGUAGUAUAUAAACAAUCUAUAAUCCUUGAAACGGAUUGAUGGAUAAGCCAGUGAAAGAAACGAUUAUUGAUAUAUUAUAUUAUAUAUAUACAAUACUAUAAAGUAUAAAAAUGGAGAAGGCAUCUAGAACGGUAGGAAAUAUUUAUGUAGAAAAAUUUAUGGUCAAUAAUUUGUUUUAAAAAAAAGUAGGGCAGAAGUACCAUGGCCACUGAUCCGUUUUUGGACAUUUAAUUUUUUAUUUUUUUUUAUU